CAACUUAUAAUCUCUUAAAAAUUACAUCUUAUAAGUUCAAAGAGCUUAUAAUAAGCUUUUAAAAUAAGCUUAGCCAAACACCCUCUUAUAAACCAAAUGCAAAACUGAUAAAAAAAAUGAAAAAAAUCAGUAAACUUUAUGUUAUAAAUUCUGUGAAAAUAAUUUGUAGGACCACAUUACUAAAACACCAUACGUGUCUUUCUCUGAUGACCAUGUAAAUACAAAAUCCACCAUAGAGUAAAAACCAACAUUCUUCUUCUUCUUCUCCUCCUCAUCUGUGAAUCAUGUUUUUCCUCAUCUUAUCAAUCAUCCUAUCCUCCACGCUCCCAAACCCAGCCCAAUCCUCGCACAAGCCCGGGCCCGAAAUCAGCCUGACAAAGCGCCUCUCCUUCCCAAAUUUCGGGCCGAACAACAUCAACCAAGACCUCACACUCUUAGGCAGCGCCGCAAUCCCAUCCGAAACGGGCUGCAUCCAAAUCCCCCAACCCAAUCUCCGAUCCUCCGCCGGGAGAGCAAUCUACUCCUCCCCCGUCCGCCUCUUCGACCCCACCUCCCGUCUCCCCGCCUCCUUCCAAACCACCUUCUCCUUCCGCAUCCAGGACCGCUCCAACGGCUCCGGCGGGCCCGGCCUGAGCUUCGUGGUCGUCCCCGACGAGUUGACCGUGGGUCGGCCCGGCCCGUGGCUCGGCAUGCUGAACGACGCAUGCGAGGACGAAUACAAAGUAUUCGCCGUCGAGUUGGACACCCGCAUGAACCCCGAGUUCGGCGACCCCAACGACAACCACGUCGGCAUCAACCUCGGCAGCAUCGUCUCCACUACGGUCAUCAACGCCUCGCGCUUCGGCGUCCGUCUCAACGACGGCACGCUCCACCGGGCCUGGAUAGCCUAUCAUGGAAGCAACAAGUCUUUAGAAAUUUCCCUCGGGCCCGACGCCGAACCCCGCCCUACUACUGGAGUUUAUUCCGCUAAUCUCGAUCUCUCACCUUAUUUGAAUGAAUACAUGUUUAUAGGAUUUUCGGGCUCAUCCGGCGAUGACUACCACACGCAAAUCCACAGCGUUUGUUCUUGGAAUUUCACUAGUGUUAGCCGGGCCCGCCUUCGUGUUCCGUCUCCCGAGAGCUGCGCGAGCAAGAUCAUGGUCGGAGAUGAUGGGAAUGUCAUUCAGAGCAAAACGCCCACCAGUUUCUACAUCUUCGUAGGCGUUGUUGUUCUUGUGCUACUGGUGAUGAUCAACUUGUUCUUCAACAGAAAAAAGGGCAACGACUCCGACUGGGAGGAGAUGGUUGGGAAGGAAAAGCAGCGGCCCGGCCCGCCCAACCGGGCCCGGAAGCUGAAUCUGAGUCAGAUAUAUUCAGCCACGAGAAGAUUAGAUGAAUCGCAAGUUUUGGGGAGGGAUAGGAAUAGUGUUACAUAUAAGGGCAUUUUGUUGAGUGGGUGCAACGUGGUGGUGAAGCGGUUUUCGAGCAUCCCAAGUGGGUCGGUUAGACGAAGAAUGAUUAAAGAAAUAAAGAGAAUUGGUAAGAUUCGGCAUCCCAACAUAGUGGGCGUGAGGGGAUGGUGCUUUGAUCAUCAAGAGACUGUAGUGGUUUACGAUUUCGUGGGCAAUGGGAGUCUGGAUACGUGGUUGUUCGGAUUCGGAGUGCUGCCGUGGACGCGGCGGUUUAAGGUUGUCAAGGAUGUGGGGCAGGCGUUGGCGUAUCUCCACUCCAAAGCCGUGGCUCACAAGAAUCUCAAGCCGAGUAGUGUGUUGAUCGACGUCAGCUUUCGGGCUAUUCUAGGAGACUUCGGGUUCGUGCUGUCGUCCGCCGAGUCGACGCGCUUCGAGUCGUCGGUGAGUCAGAAAGUGGAUGUUUUCGAGUUCGGGAUUUUGAUACUGGAAGUUGUGUCGGGGCGACGCAGGAAGUCCGGGGCGGGGGAGAUCCACUUGCUGGAUCUGGCGUGGGCCCUGCACGAGACCCACGAAGGGUGGAGCCUGGUGGACCGGAGCAUGGGGCCGGUGGUCAACCCGGAUCAAGCGGUCCGGGUUUUGGAAGUGGGGUUGAUGUGCACAUUGAAUGACAACAAGGGGAGGCCCAGCAUGGAGGAGGUGGUGGACUACUUGAAUUUUGAGAGCCCGCUGCCCGACUUGCCGCCCACCCGACCCGUUUCCUUGUUCCCCUACACCAGCACCACAGCCUUGUGUAGUGGCUACUCUUGUGCUUCAUUCAACUGACACUUUCACUCACUGUUCCACGUCACAACAACAAAAUAUACUUUUAAUUUCAAUUAUUAGUGCUUUGCCAACUUUUAUUUUUCUACACAAAUAUGUACAUUACUUGUUAAUAUAACUCUAUAGGUUGUAGGAGUGAUUUUUUUUUUUAUGAGGAUAUUUUGGUGCUAUAUGUUAAUUUUGUUAUAUUUGUAUGAGGUGGACAAUUAUAUAUAUUCCUCAUUGAGAUUGGUUCCA